AUGCGGGACCGCCGGAAUACCAAUCUGUCGGUGUCGUCCACGGACUCUUCGACAUCGACGACUUCGAGGUCAUCGAGAAAUAGUCUCAAUGAGAAGCGACAUUCGAGUCCCCCGCCGCCUUCGCCUACACUCCCCGCACCGGUGACGAAAGAGAACAGGCCGAGAUCGCUGUCGCCGAAGGUGAUGGCGAUGAGGACAGUGGCGGUCAUUUGUGUGGUGCUGUUGCUUUGGCGGUGUAUGUUGGGUUGGUUGAUGGUGCCGUCGAUCCUGUCGGGAUCAAUUGGGGAAGGUGUGGAUGAGAGUACGGAGUUGGUCGCGGGCAAUGAUCUUCCAAGUGAACCGACGGCUUUCAUGGUCGAUGUGGGUGGAUCUUCGAAGUGGACCGUCUCGAUACCGCAUAACCACAGCUUCCCUCUAGAACCGAAGACCUAUCGUGAUAUCUGCUCCCACGGCAUGGGUCUUCAAGCAACCCUCACUCCAAAGAACCGAUAUCACCACACGAAACACUGGUUGCGGAAAGGCGCAGGCGACUACUACACCAAAGACGACACCUUCCUUGACAUCGAUGACGCUGAGAAUGCUGGUAUCUUGCCCAAACGCAAGCGCGAGAAGUUGUCGAACGUCUGUCCCACAAGCCUGACGUUCGUCCUCGAGUCAGAUGAAGCCAGCUUCGGCAAGACCCUUCUUCACCUCUGGAUGAGCUAUGGCCUCGCCAAGCACGAAGGCAGAGCGUUCUUCAUUGAUGAUUCACGGUGGGCAUGGGGGAAGUACGCCUCCUACUUCGCAAAACCUCCCAAGCCGAAAUGCUCCCCGCCACCUGCUCAUCACAUCGUCCCUUGCCCUCACAGCGCCAAGCAUAUUAUCGUCUCGGCCGCCACAGCUCCAUGGACAUUUGGCCCGCUCUUCCACAGAGAGUUCUUCCAAUCUCGAAAGCAUCCCCGAAUCUACGACCUCUUGAGAACUGGAUACGAGAACCUCUUCACCCUCAUCGGCGAAGACUCCCUCUACGCCGCCGCCCGCAUCGCCAAGCUCAAAGAAGACGCCGCCAUGAACGACAACAUGAUCCUCGGCAUGCAAAUCCGCCGCGGUGACCUCCACCCUCUCGAAUUCCAAUACAGUAGGGACUACCUCCCCCUCUCGCGCUACGGCGAAGGCGCCCUCACCCUCCUCAACACCCACCACCACGCAACGACUAAAGACAUCACCAAAUCCUCCAUCAUCCUCGCCUCAGACGAUCCGGUAAUCAUCAACUCCCCCGAACUCCAACAAUCCGCUUCUGGACUCACGAUCCAACGCGCUCAGGAGCGGAUCCAACUCGCCACCAAGACGACUCUGGACCAGCAGAACCCCGUCGAGGACCUCCGCGAACCAGGCUCAGCUUACGUGAAACAUAUCGACGAGAACUCAGGCUGGGAGGGAGGGUUCUACAGUGCGUUGUUCCUUUCACUCGGUGGGGCCAGGAGGACUCACGAGGGAGAGAUAUCUCCGCAGGCGCUGAGGUUGCGCGAGUUGGUCGGCAGGGCGUAUCUACUCGAUCUCGCGGUGUUGGGGGAGAGCGAUGGGGUGGUCUGUGCUGUCAGCAGCGCGACGUGUCGGGUUUUGGGCGUGAUGUUGGGGCAGGAUGCGUUGAAGGAGAGGCGGUGGAUGAAUGUUGAUGAUGGGAGGGCGUGGAGUUGGGAUGGGCGGAAAUGA